AUGGCCACUCGCAGCGCGCCGCCGCCAGGGCUCCCGGCAAAGGUCGCCUCAGUGCCUCCGAACCAAACCCUCUACGUCACCAACCUCCCGUCAGCCAAAAUCCAGAAAGAAGACUUGCGGACGGCUCUCUACAUGCUAUUCUCCACCUACGGCGCGGUUCUGGAUGUCGUCGCGCUGAAGACGAUGAAGAUGCGAGGCCAGGCUCACAUCGUGUACAAGGACAUUCAGACGGCGACACAGGCGAUGCGGUCAUUGGACGGGUUUGAGUUUUUUGGGCGCCCGAUGAAAAUCUCGUAUGCCAAGUCCAAAUCCAACAUCGUCGCCAAGCUCGACGGCACUUUCAAGACCCCGGCAGCCUCAUCCGCGGCGCGGGUCGAGGUCACCGAUCUCCAGCAGAGCAUCUUCAAUGCCCCUGUACCUGGGGCGCCUUCAGCGGCGGCCGGUCUCCCGUCCAAGCCAUCAGGGGCUGAUCACGCCAUGACAGAUGCUGGCACUCCCGAAAGCCGCGGGGUAAAGCGGCCGAGAGAGGAAGAGGGGCCAGAGGAUGAGAGUGACCAGGAUGUGGCCAUGGAGGAGGAGAGCGACGACGAAUGA